UGUCCGGCGGUCGAGCGCAGCCAAGAGGAAUUUUCCCCGUGUGCUGUUUCGGCUCAGUUCAGUUGCUAUCCUGACCCAGGUCGGCGAGAGUGUCGCCUCCAUCUGUUCUCCUACAGCUCGUCCGCCAGUCUGAGCGCCCCCAGCCCUCCUGCGAGGGCGCCCCGGGACGGAAGGAUCCACCAGCCUGUCGGCGCCCGCCGUUCUCGUGGUCGCCGUUGCCGUCGUCGUUGUGGUAGUCUCGGCCGUCGCCUGGGCCAUGGCCAAUUACAUCCACGUCCCGCCCGGCUCCCCGGAGGUGCCCAAGCUGAAUGUCACUGUUCAGGAUCAGGAGGAGCAGCGUUGCCGGGAGGGGGCCUUGAGCCUCCUGCAACACCUGCGACCACACUGGGACCCUCAGGAGGUGACCCUGCAGCUCUUCACAGAUGGAAUCACAAAUAAACUUAUUGGCUGUUAUGUGGGUAAUACAAUGGAGGAUGUAGUUCUGGUGAGAAUUUAUGGCAAUAAGACUGAGUUAUUAGUUGAUCGAGAUGAGGAAGUGAAGAGUUUUCGAGUGUUGCAGGCACAUGGCUGUGCACCACAGCUCUACUGUACCUUCAAUAAUGGACUAUGCUAUGAAUUUAUACAAGGAGAAGCAUUGGAUCCAAAGCAUGUCUGCAAUCCAGCCAUUUUCAGGCUAAUAGCUCGUCAGCUUGCUAAAAUCCAUGCUAUCCAUGCACACAAUGGCUGGAUUCCCAAGUCUAAUCUGUGGCUAAAGAUGGGAAAGUAUUUCUCUCUCGUUCCCACAGGAUUUGCAGAUGAAGACAUUAAUAAAAGGUUCCUAAGUGAUAUCCCAAGCCCUCAGAUUCUUCAAGAAGAGAUGACUUGGAUGAAGGAGAUUCUUUCCAACUUGGGCUCACCAGUUGUGCUUUGCCAUAAUGAUCUAUUGUGUAAGAAUAUAAUCUACAAUGAGAAACAAGGUGAUGUACAGUUCAUUGAUUAUGAAUAUUCUGGAUACAACUACCUGGCAUAUGAUAUUGGAAAUCAUUUCAAUGAAUUUGCAGGUGUUAGUGAAGUAGAUUAUAGUCUCUAUCCAGAUAGAGAACUACAGGGACAGUGGCUGCGUUCUUACCUUGAAGCCUACAAAGAAUAUAAGGGCUUUGGGACUGAAGUAACUGAAAAAGAAGUAGAAAUACUCUUCAUUCAAGUCAAUCAGUUUGCGUUGGCUUCUCAUUUCUUUUGGGGAUUGUGGGCUUUGAUUCAAGCCAAAUACUCCACAAUUGAAUUUGAUUUUCUUGGGUAUGCAAUUGUUCGUUUUAACCAAUACUUCAAAAUGAAGCCUGAGGUUACUGCGUUAAAAGUGCCUGAGUAAAGAGGAGAUUUAAUUAUUCUCAAGUAUUUGAGCAAUCCUCGUGAAUCUUUUCUUAAAGAAAUUCUGAAAAGCCAAUAUUUGUUAAAAUUUUGUUAUUUAAUUUGGUUAUCUCGCUUUACAAAUUACGCCUCUCAACAACCAAUCUAUUUUUUAAAUAGACUGAUGUCCAGAAAUAUACCUACUGCUGUCAGUAUGUAGUAGAUUAGGAAUUUGUUAAAUCUACAAAAAGCUGUAAAGAUGUCAGUUUAAUCCUUGCUUUGAUAGCCUAAUCUAUGUUAUAUGUGAAUUAUUUAUUAUAGAGUUAACAUUCUGUGGCUGCUUUUAUCUGUUUGUUAAGUGUAAGCAAUGUAAACGUUCUGGAGUAAUUUUCCUUUAAGUUUUACUUUAAUAUGAUUUAUUAAACAUUCUGGGUAUUCAGUGUCAACAUUAAAAUUGAUGCGCUUUAAGUAAAAUGAAUCAUUUACUCUAGAAACACCAGUCACUGGUGUAGAUAACUUUGGCUGUUCAUACAAAAAUACCUGUUUAGGAGGGUGAAAUAUGUUCACCUAUGUUGAUGGUACAUCUUUUUUAUUUGAAUAUUGGAAAACGUUUCAUUUUGCAUUAUAUAUCUUAGAAUGAAAUUUUCCUCUCCCUGCAUAGUCUGGCAGUAGGAAUAUUGAUGUGUGCCAUAUAAUCCUGGAAUAGAUACCAUGAUUUAAUGUUACUACAAUCUGUAUUAGGUAAUGUUUUCAUGUACUAAAUAUGGUCAUCUAAGUACUAGUUUCAGUUUUUCAAAUUUUAUUAUAUCAAAUUGUUUCUAACCAAAAUUUUGUUUUACUUAUUGAGAUCUACAUUUUUAUUUGUUUUUAUUUAACAGCUAGUAUAAUAGUUGCAGUUUUUUAAGCAAAUACAGAAAGCUUAUCAUACUUGGGAACAAGAAAAUAUCGUUUAGAUUCUUUUUUACCUCUCCAAUUUCAUUCCUUAUAUUUUUAUUUCAUGUUUUAGUUUGACCCAUGUCUUUAGACUGGUAGUAAAUCAUUACUUGAUAUACGUGAUAUGUUGAAGUUGUUAAAAGGAUUAAACAAGGAACAUUUAGGACCUUGAUCUUGUACACUUAAAAUCUGAUAUACCAAAAUGUGAACUAAGCAGAAAUACUCAUGAUAGGAGUGCUUUUUUUUAAUGUUUUGUUUUAUCUUGCUUUUAUUUAAGUGUAUUUUUUAAUUUUGUUUGGAUUUAGGCAAUUAUCAUAUGGAAGGAAGUUAGAUAUUUGGGAUAGGUCAGUGGGCUUCAAGUUUUGAAGAUUGCUGUUGGGGUUGAGCAGUCAUGAUAAUUUUACUUUGAAAAUUAGUCUGACAAGCUUUGCACUUUGGUCACAUAAGUGCCCAUGUACAAAGUUGGCUUAAUGGAUCUACAGAUUCAGAAUAUGCAGCCACAAAUUUAUCCUCUGAGAAAUCUUAUGGGGAGUUUGAUGUAUUAUUCCAAAUGACUUAUUAUAUUCUCAGACAAGUGCUUUAAAAUACUUGGAUUAUUUCAAGAUGUUUAAAGCUAAUAACUUAAGUAGAAACACUUAAAGGCCAUUUUUAAAUGGUAGAUUCUAAUUACAGAAAUAGAAAUUUAACGUCUGUUUAUAACAGUGUUAGACCAAGAUUUGUUUUCUACCUCCCCAAUGUUGUAAAUGUUCACUUUUGUUUUUAUAAACUGUGUUACUAUAGGAUAAGUAGAAUUUUGUCCAGUUGAUCACAUGAAUGGAACCAAUUAAGCAGUAGCUUUUUUAAUGUUAGGGUGAACUUUAAAAAAUUGUUUUUGAUGUGAUUUUCAUCUGUGGUUGGAACAUUUUCUUAAGAUGCUGAAGAAUAUGUAAUACUAUUGAUUUUUUUUUUUUUGCUUUCUGACUUCUUAAAGUGCAACAGUGUAUAUAUUGGAGUACUAUGAGAGGAAGAAGGUAAUUUAUCCACCUUACUCCAUAAUCUUACUUCAAACCAUUUUGAAUAGAGAUUCACUGAGCCAAUGCUGGUAGACUGUGCAUAGCUGCUAGCUGUGACACUGUUGUAAGCAUUUCAAAGAGAUUUGUAUAGAAGUGAAUGUAAUGGGGAGUAGGAACUCUCAUCUCACUUUAGCCCAUGGAGUUUGCAGUGGAUCUCGGAUAUGAAGUGAGAUAUUUAGUAUCUUGCCACACUCUUUGGCAAGAUUUUAGGUGUUGUGAUGCUCUGAUACUUCUGCACAGGCUUUUCAAAUGAUGGUGCAGGCUUAGGAAUAGGGCUCAAAAUUGCUUUCCUUUAUAUUGACCAUUUGAGGGAUUCUAAAGGAAGGUAAAUCUCAACCGCAGUCUAAAAACAUCCCUCUAAAAUUUGUUUUGGGGCUUGCUGAAAUGUCUUUUGCCUUUUUACAUUAAGGAAUGCCUUACCUAGUAACUCAUCUGAUAGUAAGCCCGUUUUGUAAAUAUGAAAGUGGUUGUUAGAAGUAGCAUCCGUGUAUAUUCAAUGUUAGUCAAUAGACCAUAGUGGCCUGGAUGCUUUAACAAGCAAAAUUCAACUCUCUCCCUUCCCCUUUUUUCCUUACAUACAUGUUAUGAUCUUACCUGACCAGUGAUACUUGAUUUUUUUCCUUUCCUAACUCCAUGUUACUACCACUUUCUGAUGUGGUGGUAAAUCAUACUGUUCACAUGGUUGUCUGAGAUGAUUAUGAGCACAAAACUGAUCAACUAGGUCUGCCUGGAAUGUAUUUAAAACAGUGUAAAUAAAAAUUUGUAAAUUAAUGUGAAUUGUAUCUUGCAUAUGAAAUUGUAUAUGUUUUGCAUUCUCUCUCUCGUUUUUUUUUUUUUGGUAGAAAUUUUUCUGUAAGGAAAUGAUCCAGCUCUUUGGUUUUGGACUGAAAAUAGACAACAGUUCUGGCUGCACAGUGGGAUAACAGAGGAACUGGGAAAUAGGGUUUAUCAGUUUUUAUGUUAAUUAAUGUCAGCACUUAUUUAUUUAGCCUCUCAGUGCCUGUUACGACUUUUCUUCACUACUUUAAUGACAUUAGUUUUUGUGAGAUUAGAUUCCUGGAAGUAGUGAAUUUAUACACUGUUAUAUUAAUAGAGCUUCAUUCUUUGAGUCAUGAUUCUAAGCUAAAGCAAAAUAAAAAUAUAACUUAAUGAUUGAAAAUUGAACCAUUACCUUUUCCUGUUUUCAGGGUUAUUAACCUUUUUUCUAAAAAACAAAAACCAAACCUUAAAUUUUAUGUCUCUCUGAGUCCAAACCCCACGUAUGCAAGAGAUAUAAAUAAUAACUUAUAAAUAAUAGUUCAACUUAGGUAUAUCUUAGUUGGCUUCUCUAAAGAAAGUUGUUCAUGAUGGACUUUUAAAAAGACAGAAAAAUAGAAGUCAUCUUUUAAGGACAACUAUUUUCCAUUUAGUCUAACUAAAAAUAUUUUUAACUUCAUACAUAUGUUAACUAACUUUUCAGAUUUAAGAAAAAAAAAUUUGCCCCACUUCAAUUAGAAGUUAGAAACCUCUACUUUUAAAACUAUAACAUUUCUUUUUUAGAUUACACACAAGCCUUCUGUAAUAUUUUGUGAAUUCCUUACUUUGUAAUGUAGAGUAUUAUCUAGUAGUUGGAUUUUCUGCUUUAAAUUGCUUUUAAUAACCCUUUUGUACUGCAUCCCAAAGUGGUAUAGAUUUAAACUUUUAAUAUUAUUCAACCAUUCAGUUGAUUGAGAAACUUAACAAUACUUUAUGAUAGGAGAGGGUUUCGUUAUUGACAGCAACUUGUAAUAUUUUACGGAAAAGAAGUGCUAGUAAAUAUUAUACACAGAGGAAAAAGAGUUACAAGUAUUUGGUAAAGUAGCUUUAUUUUUAUUUCACAAUUGAUUAGCUCAGUUAUUUUCUUCAGUAGAUUAUAAAAUAUCCUUUGACUGGGAACUUAGUUACAUAUUAACUAAUUUACAUAUUUGUUUCUUUUUUUUAAAGAAGACAUUUCUUGUACUGAAUCCCUCCCCCCCGCCCAUUACAUACCAUUUGUGUGAUUGCAGUGUUAUGUCUUGGGACUUGAUGUCUUUGGACAGGAAAGUAUAUCAGCUAUUUUAAAUGAAUUUUUCCCAUCUUUGAAGCUGACUGUAAAUGUUUUGCUAUAAAAGAAAAUUCUUUGGAUUGAGUUACAAGUAGAUUAUUGGGGCAUCUAUUUUUCCAAAACAAAUGACAUAUUGACAAAUGAAAUCUGGCAGUGUUUUUGUUUCUAAUACCUAAUACUUGAAAACUGAAAUUAAUAAAAACAUUAUAGGAUGAAUUCAAUUUUUCUGAACAGAUUUUUCUCCCCCAAAUUUUAUUUUUGGAUCAUAAUUUUCUGAAGAUUUGGACUGUUUAAACAGAAAAAAUAACAUUGCUUGUAGAAAAUACCCUUUUCUGUUUGAGAGAUCCAAAAUCAAGUUUUUUAGUAGGUUUCUGUCUGAAAUCUGCUUUCUCUUCUUUCCUAUACUUAGUACACCUAUUAUACUACUGAUUCUAUAAACGAGCAGGAUUAAGAUAUCAUUAUAUCUAUGUUCAGUCUGAAUCCUAUAGCUUUGUCUAGUUACAAAAGUCUAACUCUCUAAGAUACCAUUUCAAUCUGUAAAUGUAGACAUUUUUUUGCUGUUUACAUCUUACCCAUUAAUGGUAUUACAACUACCAUUAAUCAUUUUAAUAAAACACUGAUAAAAUGUUUAUAAAAACCAGAAGCAUUACAUAUUGUAUUUGAGCUAGUUAAUAAAGAGUAAGGUAAAGCUGACUGAUUUGAAUUGUAGAUGUUGCAUUAGCUAAAUUUUAGAACUUUUAAUAAAGGAACUUUUCAAAGAUAAGUUAACCCUAUGGUAUUCAUAUAAAUUAGCUUCUGUGACCUGGAAAAGA